CCCAGGUGCCAAACAUCUAUGUUGCUUCUGCCUAAAGUUUUCCAGCUUGAACAAACUUCUUAUGCUAAGGAACAUGUGAAGCACCAGAUAAAUUUACGUACUGCAAGUAUUGUGGAAAGAAAGAAUGAAAUCUGUAGAUUACAUGAGAAUAUAAACAGCAGUAAUGAUGCAAUUGUUUAUUUGCACAAGCAUAACAAGAAUAGUAAGGACAGUUGCAAUAUCUGGAAACCAACAUAUGUAGUUCUUAGCAAGCAUGAAGAAUAUUUGAAUAACCAACUCAAAAACUGCCAAGAAACUACAGAAAAUGACAAGAAAAUGUAUCAGGAUCACAAGAACCAGUAUAAAGAGAUUUUGAAACAACACAAAGCAAAAUAUUCAGAAAAUUCUCUAGCUCAGGAGUAUUAUAUGAAAAAAAAAGAGAUUGAAGAACUCCGGAAUAGAGUUCUGAGACAUUCUGAACAAUUUAAAUGGAAGGAAGCUACUCUUUUGGAUAUUUUAGAGCCUGCUCCUUUUAGGUCACUUUCCGAUUGGGCGUUACAGAUUGCUUAUCUGAGGCAAAAAACACAAGACGUCCUCAAGCAUGCUGCAGUUUUUACCCAGAAAUCUUCUAAACUAGAGAAAGAAGCAGAUGAAGUAGAAAUGAAAAUUAAUUAUUUCAAACAGCAGUUUGAAAGGAGUACAGAAGAUCAAAAUCAUUCUAAAAUUAUUGAAGGAAAAAGUAAAAAAAAAUUAGAGAAAAAGAAGGCGUUUAAAGAAAGGUAAACUUUUAAACUCAGUUCUACAAAUGUACACACAGAGUGUUUUAUUAAGUCAAGUGAGGAUAAUCCUGAAGCAGCAGAAGGAAGUACUGAACAUUUACUGAAAACCCCUGAGAUGCCUUUAUUUAUAAGACUAUCAGAAUCUAAUGGGAAGAAAGCCCAGUUUCCUAAAACUCCUCCAUUUGAAUUGAGUCAUAAUUUAGGUUGUGCAGGACCAGCACCAAAAUCACCUGCUUUUUCUUUUCUUAUGCCCUGUACCCAGAAGUCACCUGGCUUUAAUUUAUUUGACUCAUCUGUAUUCGGAGCAGAAAAUUCAUCAGACCAGACCGAUGAAAGUUAUUCUGCAGGAAACAUAAACCCUGUUUCCCCACACAAAGAUAUUGGAAGCUUAUUUGGGAAAUCGGAAAAUGAAGAUGCGUUUACAUUUUCCUUUCCGUCAGAGUCGUCAUUUCAUGAAUAUGGGGAUGGAAAAGAUGACUUCAGUUUUCCAUUUGCAUUUGGACAGGAUCAGCAAUCAUCACAUUCUUCCUCUCUGAAAGGUUUUCACUCUUCAUCACAAAAUACAAAGCCAUUUACACUCUUUUGAAUAUAUUUCUUGACUUCCUUUUGUAUAUUUUUGCUGCUUAGCCUUGACCCUUGUUUUCAGCAACUUAAGAAAAAUCCGUAACAUUUCACUUCUCUGUCAUUUAAUGUAAGCUGACAUUACUGUACUUGCAUCAAGAGCAUUUAAAUAUUCUCCACUAAUCAUACAUGCUCUGAGAUGUUUUAUUUUUAUCACUUUUAAUGAUUUAAUGUUGUGUUUUCAUGAAACCUUUUGAUAAGCUCUCCUUUAACU